AUGGAUAUAUUUGAUUCUUGUAUCGAUUCCCCACAAACCGAACCUCCAAAACCUGAAAUUCGGAGCAAUGAUAACCUAAAUGAUGAAGAUAUUUUUGGUUCCUCUAUAAACUUGGAAGAAUCUCACAUCGAAGAAGGCUACAAAGAUGGGUAUAGGGAUGAUCUUACCUUGGGCAAGCAAGAAGGCUAUGAAGUGGGUCUUAAACAUGGGUUUGAGGCUGGUGAAGAGCUCGGGUUUUACCGUGGUCUUGUUGAUGUUUGGACCUCUGUGAUUCGGGUUGAACCCAACUUCUUCUCUUCUCGGGUAAAGAAGAGUAUCCAUCAAAUUCAGGAGUUGCUUGAGAAGUACCCAUUUAUGGAUCAUGAAGAUGAGAGCAAAGAUGACAUUUUAAAAGAGCUUAGGUUGAAGUUUAGGGCCACUUGUGCUUCUUUAGGGGUUAAAUUGGAAUACGAGGGAUACCCUAAAAAGUCCGAUUCUCAUGAUUAUUGA